CCUCCUUUACAUUGUUUUGCCUGCACCUGCUGUAUGUGACUGGCUGGAGCAGAAGGCAGCAGCAGCAGCAACAGCGGCAGCAUUCGUAACACCUCCAAUGAGAAUAGUAGUAAAGGGAGGAAAUGAGCAAAGCAUCUCCCGUGUGGAAGCCUGUAUUCUUCAGCAGAUCCCGAGGAUCUUUCGGCCAACGCUGCUGCAUCUGAUGCCUCUCUCCCACAGGAGCUUCUGGUAGUUUGAAGGUAACAAAACAACCGGGAAGCCCACAAGAACAUCCGAAGGGGAGGCGGUUACGGAGGAAGGCACUUUGAAAAGAAUCCAUUAUGGACAGAGCGUCUUUCGGGCAAAGGUGCCAUUAUUUUUGUUCCCUGUUUGUGGAGAUAAAAGGAGCCGGCAAGGAGAAUCUUGGAGAAUCCUUCAGGGGCCUUUCUGUCAUUGUUCUCUCUUCCCCCUUGCGCAUCACGACGUGCUGACCUUUUCCAGUGGAAUUUGAGCCCCCCGCCACUCUACCCCCAGUUCCAGCUGACAGGAAGAGCUCUCCCUCCCCACCCCCGCCAGCACAUACCCCUCUUCCACAGACACUUCUAUUUGAAUAGAAGAUGCAUCUUUUGGCUGAAAUUCUUUUGUUGUGACAUUGCCUUGUAGCCAGUUGUCUCACCACAGGAAAUAAAAGGAAAAAAAGAAAAGAAAAAGACAAAAGGAAAUUCUUCCCAAAGCAGAAUCGAAGCAGGGAAGGAAACUAAAACAAAAGCAAAACAAAAAAACACUACGGAGAUCUAGAAGAUCACAAACCUCCAACUUUAGAAGAAAAUGCACCAUUAACCCCCCCUCCCAAUCAAUCAAUAACAAUGAACAGUCACAGUCUUUCAUCUGGAUGCAGCUUCUAAAGGAGAGCUUUGGCUUGAUACUGGGUUUCCGGCCUGUAUGAUGCCUGAAGAUAGAAAUGGUGGGGUCCGCACCUCAGGGGCAUUAGCAUCAGCUCCUUUCAUUCCUAAAACUACCUAUAGGAGAAUUAAACGGUGCUUUAGUUUUCGCAAAGGUAUCUUUGGACAGAAGCUGGAAGACACAGUCCGGUAUGAGAAGCGAUAUGGGAAUCGUCUGGCUCCCAUGUUGGUGGAGCAGUGUGUGGAUUUUAUCCGACUGCGGGGGCUGAAGGAGGAAGGGCUCUUUCGACUUCCGGGCCAGGCUAACCUUGUCAAAGAGUUACAGGAUGCAUUUGACUGUGGAGAGAAGCCAUCGUUUGACAGCAGUACGGAUGUGCACACGGUGGCAUCGCUUCUCAAACUGUAUCUAAGAGAACUCCCAGAACCGGUUAUCCCCUAUGCAAAAUAUGAGGAUUUUCUUUCCUGCGCCAAAUUGCUCAGCAAGGAAGAGGAAACGGGGGUGAAGGAAUUAGUGAAACAAGUAAAGAGUCUGCCACCUGUCAACUACAAUCUACUGAAAUAUAUCUGUAGAUUCCUGGAUGAAGUCCAGUCCUAUGCGGGUGUAAACAAAAUGAGUGUGCAAAACCUGGCUACUGUAUUUGGUCCCAACAUCCUGCGCCCAAAAGUGGAAGAUCCUCUCACCAUCAUGGAGGGUACUGCAGUAGUCCAGCAGCUGAUGUCAGUGAUGAUAAGUGAACAUGAACAGCUAUUUCCCAAGGACACAGACUUUCAGGCAGGGGAGGAGGUGUGCAAUAACAACAAUGAGAUCCAGAAGAAAAUGAUCAUUGGUCAGCUCCAGAAUAAAGAGACCAAUAACAACAAGGAGACAGCGGUGAGAAGCUGUUCUUGGGACACACCUGAGCCUCUCCAGAGGGCAAGCAUGGACAAUGGGUCUCCCACAGUGCUGCCAGGGAGCAAGUCAAACAGUCCAAGGAACAGCAUUCACAAACCUGAUGUCACAAGAAGCCCACCUCUCAUGGUGAAAAAAAACCCAGCCUUUAAUAAAGGCAGUGGCAUAGUCACCAAUGGGUCCUUCAGCAGCUCUGUGGAGGGCCAUGAGAAAACCCAGACCUUACCAAAUGGUACCCUGCAGGCCAGGAGAACAUCAUCCCUGAAAGGUCCAGUUACUAAAAUGGGCACACACAGCAUGCAGAAUGGAGGCGUGCGAAUGGGCAUUUCAAGCACGGAUGCACACAGCAACUCCCUGAACAGCCGAAACCUGAGCUGGAUGCCCAAUGGGUACGUCACGUUGAGGGACAGUAAACAAAAGGAAUUGGUGAGUGAUUCGGGCCAGCAUAACAGACUCUCUACCUAUGACAAUGUCCACCAGCAGUUCUCCAUGGUGAAUUCGGAUGAUAAACAGAGCGUAGAUAGUGCCACCUGGUCCACAUCCUCUUGUGAAAUAUCCCUACCCGAACAUUCCAACUCCUGUCGAUCGUCUACAACCACCUGCCCCGAGCAAGACUUUUAUGGGGGUAAUUUUGAAGACUCAGUGCUAGAUGGGCCACCACAUGAAGACCUCUCCAACCAAGGAGACUAUGAGAGUAAAACUGACCGAAGGAGCAUGGGAGGACGCAGCAGCCGGGCCACCAGCAGCAGCGAUAACAGUGAAACGUUUGUCGCAAACAACACGAGCAACCACAGUGCUCUGCACAGCCUAGUGUCCAGCUUAAAGCAGGAGAUGGCAAAACAGAAGGUGGAGUAUGAAACAAGGAUAAAGAGCUUGGAACAGAGAAACCUCACCCUUGAGACAGAAAUGAUGACCCUGCACGAUGAGCUGGACCAGGAAAGGAAGAAGUUUACAAUGGUAGAAAUCAAAAUGCGCAAUGCAGAGCGGGCCAAAGAAGAUGCAGAGAAGAGGAACGACAUGCUGCAAAAAGAGAUGGAGCAGUUUUUCUCAACAUUUGGAGAACUAACAGUGGAGCCUCGCAGGCCGGAGAGAGGCAACACCAUAUGGAUUCAGUGAGAAUUCUAAGCUGAGACUGUGGGAUUCUGGGAAGGGAUGUUGGGGUAUUAUACUGUUUCAGGUGGCUGGUCACCUGACUGAGGCUAGCACUCAACAAAAUGUUGUAAACCAUUGAAGGAAGAAAUACCUACAGACAUUAACCACCCAUACUGCAGUGUGUACUUAUCAAGUUAUCGUACUUUUUGAAUGCUUCAUAAUGCUAGUGUCAAGUGUUACAACUGAAUGUGUAUAUAGGUUUUAAAAAAGUCAAAGAGAGAGCGAGAGACAUAUCUCACAAAAUAUUUUAAUGCAAGUCUUGUAUUUAAACUGGUAAAUUGAAAUGUUGUUGCAAUCAAGCUUUAUAUCAAGGCUUUUCUCCCUUGCACUUAACAUAAUAAGCUAUUUUUGGCAUUGUGUUACCAUCAGCUUAUUUUGUAUAUCAAAUUUUUUUUUGUUACCCUUCUUGCGUGGGUGGGGGGGACUAAAGAUAAACAAAUAUAUAUAAUGUUAGUUAUUAAAACAAGAGGAUAAUGUGUGGCUGUGCUGUUUGUGCCAAUGGACUUGCCCAUGACCAAAAAUAAAAGUGUAAAUAAUUUUAUAAAAAUAUAACAUUAACAUCUGACAAGUUUGGGACUUUUCUCUUUGGACUCGGAACUCUUCAUAAAU